AACACGUUGGAGGAGUCAGGAAGUUUAGUAACAAUACCUACAUUUUUGGGAACAUUUGACAACUACGGGUGUUUAUUUUGGUCUUAAAAUAAAAAAUGGCGUCUCUAAAUGGGAAACCGGACGUAAUAUUUGAGGAAGAUGACCUGCCUUAUGAGGAGGAAAUCAUCAGGAAUCCGUACUCGGUCAAGUGCUGGAUGCGUUACAUCGAGUUCAAACAAAACGGCACAAUGUCCAUCCUCAACAUGAUAUAUGAACGAGCUCUGAAAGAGCUACCUGGCAGUUACAAGUUAUGGUACAACUACCUGAGAGAGAGACGGAAACAGGUCAAAGGGAAGUGCAUCAUGGAGCCAGCCUACGAGGAGAUCAACAACUGCCAUGAAAGAGCACUGGUUUUCAUGCACAAGAUGCCGAGGAUAUGGCUGGACUACUGCCAGUUCCUGGUGUCUCAGUGUAAGAUCACCAGGAGCAGACGCACAUUUGACCGAGCGCUCCGAGCCCUUCCCGUCACUCAACACCCUCGCAUCUGGCCCCUGUACCUCCGCUUUGCCCGGAACCUGCCCCUGCCUGAGACCGCCAUCCGUGUCUACCGCAGGUACCUCAAGCUGUCCCCAGAGAAUGCAGAGGAGUACAUAGAUUACCUGCGUUCCUGCGGCAAGCUGGAUGAAGCAGCAGUACGUCUGGCAGCCGUUGUCAACGAUGAGAGCUUUGUGUCCAAGGAGGGAAAGUCUAACUACCAGAUAUGGCACGAGCUGUGUGACCUGAUCUCUCAGAACCCAGACAAGGUGAACUCUCUUAAUGUUGGGGCCAUCAUCCGUGGAGGCCUCACUCGCUUCACAGACCAGCUGGGCAAACUCUGGUGCUCCCUGGCUGACUACUACAUCCGCAGUGGACAUUUUGAAAAGGCUCGUGAUGUGUAUGAGGAGGCCAUCUUGACGGUGGUGACGGUGAGAGAUUUCACCCAGGUGUUCGACAGCUACGCCCAGUUUGAGGAGAGCAUGAUCGCUGCCAAGAUGGAGACUACCUCAGAGUUGGGGAAAGAUGAAGAAGAGGACAUAGACCUGGAGCUGCGUCUGGCCCGCUUUGAGCAGCUGAUCGCCCGCAGGCCCCUCCUGCUGAACAGUGUGCUGCUGAGACAGAAUCCCCACAACGUCCAUGAGUGGCAUAAGAGGGUCAAACUGUACGAGGGGAAACCACGACAGAUCAUCAACACCUACACAGAGGCAGUUCAGACUGUGGACCCUAUGAAGGCUACAGGGAAAUCCAGCUCUCUCUGGGUCUCCUUCGCCAAGUUCUACGAGGAGAACGAGCAGCUAGAUGACGCGCGGACCAUCUUUGAGAAAGCCACCAAGGUGAACUACAAGCAGGUUGACGACCUGGCUGGCGUGUGGUGUGAAUACGGAGAGAUGGAGCUACGCCAUGAGAACUACGAACAGGCGCUACGUAUACUGAGGAAAGCAACUGCCAUCCCGUCCAAGAAGGCAGAGUACUUUGACGUGUCAGAGCCCGUGCAGAACAGAGUGUACAAGUCUCUGAAGGUCUGGUCAAUGCUGGCUGACCUGGAGGAGAGUAUGGGAACCUUCCAGUCCACCAAGGCGGUGUACGACCGCAUCAUUGACCUGCGCAUAGCCACGCCCCAGAUAAUCAUCAACUACGCCAUGUUCCUGGAGGAGCACAACUACUUUGAGGAGAGCUUCAAGGCGUACGAGCGUGGAAUCGCCCUCUUCAGGUGGCCCAACGUCUAUGACAUCUGGAACACCUACCUCACCAAGUUCAUCGACCGCUACGGGGGCAAGAAACUGGAGAGGGCCCGAGACCUGUUUGAGCAGGCGCUGGAUGGCUGUCCAGCCAAGUUCGCCAAGACCAUCUACCUGCUGUACGCCAAACUGGAGGAGGAGUUUGGGUUGGCGCGUCACGCCAUGGCGGUGUAUGAGAGAGCUACGCAGGCAGUGGACAACACGGAAAGGCAUCACAUGUUCAACAUCUACAUCAAGAGGGCUGCAGAGAUCUACGGUGUCACCUACACCAGGGCGAUCUACCAGAAAGCCAUCGAGGUGCUUCCAGACGAACACUCCAGGGACAUGUGCCUGCGCUUCGCUGACAUGGAGAGCAAACUCGGCGAGAUCGACCGGGGCAGAGCCAUAUACUCCUACUGCUCUCAGAUCUGUGACCCAAGGAUGACGGCCACGUUCUGGCAGACGUGGAAGGAGUUUGAGAUCCGCCACGGGAACGAAGACACUAUCCGGGAGAUGCUGAGGAUCAAGCGCAGCGUCCAGGCCACGUACAACACACAGGUCAACUUCAUGUCCUCACAGAUGAUGAAGGCCACCACCAACGCCACCAUCUCAGACCUUUCCCCGGGCCAGCUGGGGCUGGAUGAUAUGAAGCUGUUGGAGCAGCAGGCCCAACAGCUGGCCGCCGAGGCUGAACAGGACAAACCCAAACUCAAAGAGAAGAUCCUCUUCGUCAGGAGUGACACAUCUCGCAGUGAGCUGGCUGAACUGGCCAAACAAGCCAACCCCGAUGAGAUUGAUAUUGAUGAUGAGGAUGAGGAUGGUGAUGAAGACCAGGGCCCAGAGGAGGUGCAGCUGGAACAGAAAAGUGUCCCCACUGCUGUCUUUGGAGGGCUGAAAGAAGGAGAAGAUUGAAUACAGAAAGUUGGGAUGGUAUCUGUCCCACAGACAUGACAUCACAGAUGAGCUCCAUGGUCUACGAAUGGAGCCUUUUCAACACCCGUAAAAUGUAUGAUGAAAAUAGAUUGUAUGGAAUGUGAACUUCAUUGUUGAUCUUUUCUACAGUGGCGAGAAAAAGUAUGUGAACCCUUUGGAAAUACCUGGGUUUCUGCAUAAAUUGGUCAUAAAAUUUGAUCAUCUAGGUCACAACAACAUACAAACACAGUCUGCUUAAACUAAUAACACACAAACAAUUAUAUGUUUUCAUGUCUAUUGAACACACCAUAUAAACAUUCACAGUGCAGGUGGGAAAAGUAUGUGAACCCUUGGAUAUAAUAACUGGAUGACCCUCCUUUGGCAGCAAUAACCUCAACCAAACGUUUUCUGUAGUUGCGGAUCAGACCUGCACCAAUCAGGAGGACCGAUCAGGAGGAGUUGCGGAUCAGACCUGCACCAAUCAGGAGCACCGAUCAGGAGGAGUUUUGGACCAUUCCUCUUUACAAAACUGUUUCAGUUCAGCAAUAUACUUGAACUGCUCUCUUGAGGUUAUGCCAUAACAUCUCAAUCGGGUUGAAGUCAGGAUUCUGACUGGGCCACUCCAGAAGGUGUAUUUUCUUUUGAAGCCAUUUACUUCUGUGUUUUGGGUUGUUGUCCUAUUGCAUCACCCAACUUCUGUUAAGCUUCAAUUGGCGGACAGAUAGCCCAACAUUCUCCUGCAAAAUGUCUUGAUAAACUUGGGAAUUAAUUUUUCUGUCGAUGAUAGCAAGCUGUGUAUUCCCUGAGGCAGCAAAGCAGCCCAAACCAUGAUGCUCCCUCCACCAUACUUUACAGAUGGGAUGAGGUUUUGAUGUUGGUGUGUUGUGCCUUUUUUCUCCACACAUAGUUGUUGUGUGUUCCUUCCAAACAACUCAACUGUAGUUUAAUCUGUACAGCAAAUAUUUUGCCAAUAGCGCUGUGGACCGUUUUGUAAACUAAAGACGUGCAUGAAUGUUUUUGGACAGCUGUGGCUGCUUCCAUGGUUCCGUCCAUGAACACCAUUCUUGUUUAGUGUUUUACGUAUCGUUGACUCGUCAGAGAUGUUAGCAUGUUCCAGAGAUUUCUGUAAAGUCUUUCUUUAGCUGACACUAGGAUUCUUCUUAACCCCAUUGAGCAUUCUGCGCUGUGCUAUUGCAGUCAUCUUUGCAGGACGGCCACCCCUAAGGAGAGUAGCAACAGUGCUGAACUUUCACCAUUUAUAGACAAUUUGUCUUACUGUGGACUGAUGAACGUUAAGGCUUUUAGAGAUACUUUUGUAACCCUUUCCAGCUUUAUGCAAGUCAACAAUUCUUAAUCUUAGGUCUUCUGAGAUGUUUUUUGUUCGAGGCAUGGUUCACAUGAGGCAAUGCUUCUUGUGAAUAGCAAACUUUGAGUUUUUUUUUUUUUUAUAGGGCAAGGCAGCUCUAACCAACAUCUCCAAUUUCGUCUCAGUGAUCGGGCUCCAGGUUAGCUGACUCCUGACUGCAAUAGCUUUUUCAGAAGUCAUUAGCCUAGGGGUUCAUACUUUUCCCAACCUACACUGAGAAUGUUUAAAUUAUGUAUUUAAUAUAUACAAGAAAAAUACAAUAAUUUGUGUGUUAUUAGUUUAAGCACACUGUUUGUCUAUUAUUGUGACUUAGAUGAAGAUCAGACGAAAUUUGAUGACCAAUUUAUGCCGAAAGCCAAGUAAUUCCAAAGGGUUCAUACUUUUUCUUGCCACUGUAUGUUGUCGACUAAGUGUUUUGCUCUACAUUCAUAGAUUGUCAAGUCUGCACUAGAUCAGUGAAUAAAAAUGAGAUUUGUGAAUAAA